CCUAUUGAGGACAUCGAGGCAGCGCUGGACAAGGCGCGCUACAAGUACGAGGUAUACAGCAGUGAGUGGGAGAAGCUGCUGAUAAAAUCCGGCAACAGCCGCAGCGACGGCGCGUCGGCGGUUGGCGUGUGGGCAGGGCCAGGCACGGGCUCGGCCCCCACCUCAAAGUCGCGCAACAUGGGAAAUGCAGUAACCGGCAUAUUCAGCAAGCACAAAGGCACGGUGCAGGAGAAUCUCGAGCGCAUGGGCAAAGAGGCCGAGGUGAAAGUGAAGCUGCCCAAGAUCCUGGCCAGCGUGAUGAGUCUGAUCGAGGAGGUCGACGAGUGCCUAAAGUGGAGCCUGGGCAAAUACGCAUACGCGUACGAAUGCGCAGUCCUGGCCGAUGCGCUGACGCUGAAGCCCUCGAAUGGCGAUCCGGGGAUGAUGGAGAUGAUCGAGGAUAUCGACAGCAAGACGGAUUUGGAUAACUUUUUGCGAUUCACGGCGCACCAGAGCGGACGCGUCGAUCGGACUAGCAUCCCGUACAAGGAAUAUGAGAUGUCACCGAUUGCACGGACAUAUGCAAAUCCAAAGACAAUCUUUGGGGUACCGCUGGCGACGCAAGUGGAGCGCGACGGACACGCGAUCCCCCUGAUAAUCGUGAAGUGCACAAAGGCGUCGGGCCAGAGCUCGCAGGUCGCACGCUUGCGGAACGAAUUCAACCUCGACGCUGACAAUGUGGAUCUGCAGCCGAGUGCCAAUGCAGCCGACAUCAACAAUAUCACAAGUGUGCUGAAGAUGUACCUGCGCGAGCUGCCUGGCGGUCUGAUCCCGCACCCGCACCGCGACACGCUCCUGGGAAUGUUCCCGACACAGGAGAAUAUGGUCAAUGUGGUGGUGUGCACGAUGCGGGCGCUGCCCAGGAUGAACGUGGAGAUCCUGAACUACUUGGUUGCACAUCUCGACAAGGUGCAGGCGUUCCAGGAGUUCAACAUGAUGAAUUCGGAGAACCUGGGAAUCGUGUUUGGGCCAACCAUCAUUCCGUCGGGAGACGACCCGGUCAAUGCGGCAAUGGAUAUCAGGAGAUCGGCCAAGGUGGUCAAGUUCAUGCUGGACAACCGGAGGGCCAUAUUUGAAUUGUUGUAACCAACAAGCUCUACAUGUCUUUUCGUUCGCCUCAUUCGUUUCACUUAUUCACUUUUAUACGUCUGUCGUUUAUUCUUCAAGCUAAUAUAUUUCAUUUCAUUCCCAACACUAC